AUGAUGGGCGCCAUGUUGUUAAAUGUGGUGUUGCCGCUGCUGUUUGGGUCCUUCCACAGAGGAAUUUCUCAGUUGCCUGAGUGGAAUGCAGAGCUGGAACUCAGUGGUGAGACCGAAUGGAUGCCCCAGCCGGAGUUUGUAGAUGAUACAUACUGGUCUGGGUCAGCCCCCAUUUGUGUGGGUGGAUGUAAGGCUCGCCAUCGGGAGCUGAGAAGAGAUCGCUGUGGAAACUCGACCUGCUGCUGGUUCGGCUACAAGUCCCUUUGCAGAGUGAACUGCGGCCGGCCAGACGUGGACUAUAAUGGAGUGGUGUACGGUAAUGACUGGUGGGUGGGCUCCGUGGUGCGCUACACCUGUCGCUCUGGCUUCAUGCUGGUGGGUAACUCCACCAGUUCCUGCCAGGCCAACGGCCUCUGGACCCCAAAACCAACCUGCCUCCGGAUGUGUCAGCGGGGACGUGUUGAAAUCAGUGAGAGGGAGCUGAAUGGGACCUGCGACGCCACCUGUGCACAUAAGAGCUACUUUGGUGCACCCAAACUGGGCUGCUCUCUGAUAGAUAACUGUAGGAAGAAGGAGACAGGCUGGAAGCGGUUCUUUUCACAGUGCGUCCCCUGCAUCUGUGACUGCGCUCUGUCGUGU